AUGUGUGGGAUCUUUUUCUCCUUGAGCACAACUGGACCAGUGCUUCCUACUGAGGAGACAUGCUGUUUACUACGGACGCGAGGACCAGACAGUCUCCGAGUCCACACUGUUCAGUGGGGAAUAAAUAAUAAAGACUGUGACUCUGUCUAUCUUACUUUUGUCUCAACUGUGUUGUCACUCAGGGGAGAUUAUGUGCACUCCCAGCCUCUUGUGGACGGUGAAAGCCAGUCUGUGCUGUGCUGGAAUGGAGAAGCCUGGAAGGUAGCAGGUACACAGGUUCGGGAUAAUGACACCGAACACAUCUUCCAAUUAUUACUCCAGGCUGUGAAGCCUCUUUCUACUGCUGGAGAUCCAGAGACAACUGACCGUAGGAACGCUGUCCAGAGACUCGCGGAUGUUAUCAGUAGCAUUUCGGGACCCUUCUCCUUUGUGUUCUAUGAUGCAUUCAACUCAAGAUUAUUCUUUAGCAGGGACUGUCUUGGGAGGCGUUCUCUCCUCCAAGGCCUAGAUGAGGCGAGGACUUUGAAGAUUUGCAGCGUCUGUGACGGCACGUUUUCAACUCACUUCGAGGAGGUUGAUACGGAGGGGGUGUAUAUGAUUGACCUUGGAAAUACGUUCUCACAGGAUACUUCAGUGGCGAUAGCUACAGCAGGAGAUGUCCAGAAUAAUAUUUACAAUAUUCAAACUCUCCCUUGGUGUCAGCAGGACUCGCCGGCAGGACAUCUCAAAACUCCUAUUCCUCAUAUGAAUAAAGCUGUUCCGCAAGGAAAUCCUCCACCAUUGAACACAGAAUCCCCAUGUGUCAGCGAGCUCGAGCUUAGGCUUCACCAGUCGCUCAAACUGAGAAUUCAAAACGUACCAGAGCCCCCUAAUUAUACGAAAGGGCGCGAUGCAAAAGUCGCCGUGCUGUUCUCUGGGGGUCUUGAUUGCACUUUACUCGCCAGACUUUCUCAUGACAUUCUACCAAGCAGCGAAACGAUCGACCUUCUCAAUGUUGCCUUUGAGAACCCACGUGUCGCUGCGGCAGCGGCAGCGGGCAAAGACAAGACAGCGAAGUCAGUUCAGUCAGUCUAUGAAAGCUGUCCCGACCGCAUGACUGGUCGUGCAGCGUUUGCAGAACUCGAAAAAGUCUGCCCCGGUCGCAACUGGCGGUUUGUUGCUAUAGACAUACCGUAUGUGGAGACUUGCGCACAUCGGGAUCAGGUAAAACGCUUAAUGAGACCCCACAACACCGAGAUGGACCUAUCCAUCGCAUGUGCAUUAUACUUCGCAUCGCGCGGGCAGGGAGUAGCAUCUGAAAUCGGCGCAGGUGAGAGCCAGCCGAUACCAUAUACGACAUCUGCUAGAGUCCUUUUGUCUGGCCUUGGAGCAGACGAGCUUUUUGCGGGAUACGGCAGACAUGGUAUCGCAUUCUCGCGCAGUGGGUUUGAAGGCCUCAUUGAUGAAAUCAACCUCGAUGUCAGCCGCUUAGGGAAACGGAAUCUAGGCCGUGACGAUCGAAUUCUUUCAAACUGGGGUCGUGAGGCACGAUAUCCAUACUUGGAUGAAGAGUUUGUGGCAUGGGUGCUCCAAGCUCCCGUGUGGGAGAAGUGUGGAUUUGGGGUUCUUGAAUCAUCUGAUUCCAGCGAUCAUGAGACCGAAUUUAAGGAAACAGGAAUUGAUUCAGAGAAGAAAGCCCUUCGUUUGGUGGCUCUGAAACUUGGAAUGACGAACGUGGCGCGAGAAAAGAAGCGCGCCAUACAAUUUGGCUCCAGAACAGCUAAGAUGGAAAAGGGUAGAGUAAAAGGAACAGAAGUGUUGAGCUGA